AUGACCCAAGAUGAAGUCCAUCUCCAAGUCCUCGCAGUCUCUGGUGAAAUAUCCGAUCAAAAAAAUGCCAGCAAGGUCCUCGCUCUCUUGAAACAAGGGAAACAUUGGAUUCUCGUGGCUCUACUCCUGGGUAAUACAAUUACAAAUGAGGCUUUACCCGUCGUGUUAGGUGAAAUCCUUGGUGGAGGGUUAGUAGCGGUAGUGGGUAGUACCGUGCUGAUCGUGAUAUUCGGCGAAAUCAUACCGCAAUCUAUUUGUGCCCGCCACGCACUCAGAGUCGGUGCUUGGAUGGUAUCAUGUGUCUCAAUUUUCAUGUAUAUUAUCUCUCCAAUCGCGUGGCCUAUUGCAAAGUUACUCGACAUCCUCGUUGGACACAACCACGGCACGAUAUAUAAGAAGUCGGAACUGAUGGCCCUCUUUUCUUUUCACAAAACAUUGGGCAAACUCGAAGACCGACUCAACUCGGAUGAAGUUAAGAUCGUUCAUGGCGCUCUUGGGAUGAAGGAGAGAUCUGCAGCUUGCAUUAUGACGCCCAUCAAAGAUGUCUUCUCUCUGUCCGCCGACGCCGUCUUGGACAAGUACACCAUGGACCGGAUUCACGUCCAGGGAUACUCCCGGAUCCCUGUGCAUGCUCCUGACAACCGAGGGAAUAUUGUCGGUUUAUUCCUCGUGACAGCAUUGACCAAGUAUAACCCCAAAUCUUGCAAACGAGUGCGCGAUUUUACUCUGGCUCCGGCUCGGGUGGUACAUUCAAGUACGAAUUGCUUGAGUAUUUUGAAUAUGUUCCGGCAGGGGGUGUACUAUAUGGUUCUUGUCUCUGAUAGCCGAAAGAAUCCAGACCGAGUCGUUGGAAUCCUCACCCGAGAGGAUGCCGUUGAAGACUUGAUCGGAGAAGAAAUCUUGGACGAGUAUGACGAUCUGCAGAAGAAUGAGCAGAGAGCGACUCAGCGGAAUCGUUUCCCUCUCCAUCAUGUUCCUUCCCGGAAGGUCAUUGAACGGUCUCCUACAUAUGCAGUCUCAGCUUCGGAAGGGAAACCGAUCAAUUUGGAAGCAGGGGAAACUGCCGUCUUUCACAAAUUCGGCUCUGUGGAUCGGUUCAGUGCUGCGGAUCAAUGGAGGUCUAUUCAGCAUGUGAUCUCUAUAUCUGAAGUACCCGUAGAGAGUUGA